CAGAGAAACACUCACUCACUUCCUUCUUUCUUUUUCCAUUUUUUUAAACUCCCUUUCCUUUACACUUACUCCAAAAUUUCUCAGUUUCUUCUUCUUUCUCUCAAAACAGGAUAGAGGAUCUGUGCGUCUUCAAACGAUGUCGUUUUGAGCUUUUCGCCGAUCAUGUCAAGGGUGACGUUGAUUGCAUACGUUCAUUUUUGGUUAUUGAUUGGAAUAUACUAGUGUUCUGGUGCAAUUUCUGUGACAAAUAUUGAUUACAAGAUAUUUCCUGGAUAUGGGGGGAGCGUGUUCUAGGAAGCCCGAGCGGGAUUAUGAAGAUAGUCCAUGUAGAGGACUUUCACGAAGAUUUUGCAAAAGUGGGAGUUUGAAAUGGUGGACAUCCUCGUUCGCUUAUCCUUCUGUAGAUUUCCAUUUACGGAAAGGAGAUUGUCCAUCGCUGUUGGAGUUGUGCAUCAAGAAAAUAAAUGAGGAUAUUGACAGAUAUAAUGCAUUUUCUAUGCUGCCUCGGGAUAUAAGUCAGCAAAUUUUUAAUAAAUUGGUUUGUUCCCAACGCCUAACCAGCGUUUCCCUUGAAGCUUUUCGAGAUUGUGCGCUUCAGGACCUUGACUUGGGUGAAUAUGCCGGUGUUAAUGAUUCUUGGAUGGAUGUCAUCUCAUCACAGGGUUCAUCAUUACUUUCCGUGGAUCUUUCUGGGUCUGAUGUCACUGAUUUUGGGCUGGGUUACCUAAAAUAUUGUGAAAAUCUCCUUUCCUUAAAUCUAAAUUACUGUGAUCAAAUCUCGGAUCAUGGACUGGAGUGCAUCAGUGGUCUGUCAAACUUGACAAGUUUGAGCCUCAGAAGAAAUGAUUCAAUAUCUGCUCAAGGAAUGAGUAUCUUGUCUGGUCUUGUUAAUUUAGUCAAGUUGGACUUGGAGAGAUGUCCUGGGAUUCAUGGAGGCCUGGUUCACAUUCAAGGUUUAACCAAGUUGCAAUCACUCAAUAUUAAAUGGUGCAAUUGCAUAACCGAUUCUGAUAUGAAGCCUCUAUCAGAGUUGGUGUGUUUGGAGAGUCUUGAGAUUUCUUGCAGUAAAGUCACUAAUUUUGGCAUCAGCUUUCUAAAAGGAUUGCAAAAGCUUUCCUUACUAAACUUGGAAGGGUGCCUUGUAACAGCUGCAUGCUUGGAUUCUCUUGCAGAUCUUCCUCUCUUGUCAAACUUGAAUCUUAAUAGAUGCAAUAUUACCGACGACUGCUGUGAAAAGUUUUCACGGCUGGAAAAUUUGAAAGUACUCAACUUGGGAUUUAAUGACAUUACUGAUGCAUGUUUAGCACACUUGAAAGCAGUAUUGACAAAGUUGGAGAGCUUGAACCUUGAUUCAUGUAGGAUUGGUGAUGAAGGGUUGAUCAACUUGGCAGGCCAUAGGCAACUGAAGUGCUUGGUAUUGUCUGAUACAGAAGUUGGAGAUACUGGGUUACACCAUUUGUCAGGAUUGUCUGGCCUGGAGAAAAUAAAUCUGUCAUUCACUGUGGUUAGUGAUAGUGGUUUAAGGAAACUGUGUGGACUCACAUCUCUUAAGUCACUUAAUUUGGAUGCUCACCAAAUUACUGAUGCUGGACUGGCAGCUCUUACAAGUUUGACUGGGCUUACUGACCUUGAUUUAUUCGGUGCACGAAUCACAGAUUAUGGAACAAAUUAUUUGAGAAAAUUUAAGAACCUGAGGUCCUUGGAGAUAUGUGGUGGAGGAUUGACUGAUGCCGGUGUGAAAAAUAUUAGAGCGCUUUCUUGUCUUAUGUGCCUAAACUUAUCACAAAACUGCAACCUUACGGACAAAAGCCUGGAAUCAAUUUCAGGGCUUACUCGAUUAAUCUCUCUGAAUGUUUCAAAUUCUCGCAUCACCAACUCUGGUCUGCAGCAUUUGAGAACACUGAAGAACUUGAGGUCUCUGACAUUGGAAUCCUGCAAGGUGACAGCAUAUGACAUAAAGAAACUAAGAUCAACACACCUCCCGAAUCUGGUCAGCUUCCGGCCAGAAUAGGUAGUUCGGGAAGGAAUUCUAAUCUGUAUAUUAGUAUAUAUGUAAAUAUGGUACCAACAUCAUAUUAGGGGGGAACAUGGAAAGACAACCUCAAAUUGUAUAUAGGCUUAAUGGGCUUCAUGAAAAGGUGUGAAUUGCCUCUACUCUGUGAAGAUGUUAUUUAUGAAUUAUGAUGUAAAACGAUGAUUCUGGGUUGCGUUAAGGUAAUGGGGUGUGUGUGGAUAGAUUUAUAAUCCUCUAUCGUCUCCAUGCACACCUCCGAUACCUUUAUAAUUUAAUUCUCUUUACGUUGUUGAAA